AUGAUCAGCAACUUGACGCACUUCAGUGAUGAUGCCUUCCCGGGCCAGCCAAUAAUCUACGAGAAAAUGCUGGCCGGACAUCGGCCCUUCAGGAGUCUCCCAAAUGUUACUCACUUAUCGAUCAGGCAUAACAGCAUCAGCUUCAUGGAGAGGGGAACCUUUUCCAACGUGACAACCUUAAGGCACCUGCAUCUCGACCGAAACAGUAUUAUCUCCAUCGAGGAUGGCACUUUCCCAGAAUUCGUCGAAACCAUUAAUUUGACGGGGAAUGAUUUUUACUUCCUUAACGAAAACUCCUUCACCAACCUGACCAAUCUGACGUCACUGAUUAUGGAUUCCAAUCGGAUCCUGGUCCUACCAGAGACUGCCUUUGAUGGAUGCACCUCACUUAGCACGCUUUCUCUUGCAAAUAACAGCAUUGGUCGCUUGCUGCUGACGCAUAUUGAAGAUUGUCCAAUCAGCACUCGUCUUAGUUUGUCCAAUAACGAGGUGUCUUACGUGGAGGACGGAGUAUUUGCUGAUAUCAACUCGACAUCUGUUAUCGAUUUGUCGGCUAACCAACUUACGGAAAUUCCCAGGGCAAAUUCGUUCGUGAAUCUGACAUUUACAGGAGAAGCAUCUUUAAAUCUCCGAGAUAAUCGCAUUACCUCCAUCCGUGCUGGCGACUUUGAGAAUAUUGAUUCACAGUCUUCAUGCACUGUGAAUCUGUUGCUGAAUGACAACCCUACCAAAAUAGUCCAUCCAGAUGCAUUCAGAGAUGUCUCAUGCAGUGCCAAUUUGGAUCUGAGCAACAACCGUUUGAACUUCAUCAAAGGCACGAUGUUCGUCAAUGGAUCCUUAGUGAACAUAUUUCGUUUGGAUGACAACAGAUUGACCAUUGUUCCAGACUUCUCUGCCUUGAGACUGAUGAUACUGCGCCUCAAUGGUAAUCUUAUUGCAUUCAUACCAGAUGACGCAUUUGCCGAACAAUCAGCACUGCAAGAGCUGUUACUAGGCGGAAACCCACUGGGUUGUACGUGUAACACAAUAUCAUCACUGUCGCACAUUGCUAACAGCGUAUCGUCAGCCGUGUGCGCCAUGCCCACCGCAACCAGCGGAAUAGAGCUUACCAGCGAAUACAUCCAGGACAUUCUCAAUUCAAGAAGCCGUGACGUCCAUCUUUUUCAAUGUGGACCGUAUGGCGUACAAGCAAAGAGCCCCGUCCCUGGUGAAAUACUGCUCAAAUGGACAGCGCCCUCAAUGCUUAACUUCUAUUUGACUGAAGCUGGUUGGAUCAAUACUACAGCCAUCCCAGUCAAUAUAAGCGCAGUCAAUAUAACCGAUGUGCCGGUCAAUAUAACAGAGAGUCAGCAUGCAGACACCUUCAGUGAUGAGUGGUUGUAUGAGAUUCUCUGCAGUAGUCAUAGUGCUCCAUCGGUGCGUAAGAUCACUAAUGAGACACAGAUAGUUUUGUCAAAUCAUGAUGGAGUUGUAUAUGGGGGCGAGUACACCUGCCAAGUCAUGCUAUCGGUCAGUGGUUAUACCAGCGCGCCGGAUGAGUUUGUUACCGUCGUCGUCGACAAAUAUCUACUUGAUGAUUUAACGCAGAAUGAAACAUCGGACAUCGUUCUCAACAUCACCUAUCGAGAUUUUAGCAUAGAAAACAUCGACUUCAACGCUGUGGAGAAAGCACCAGUCUCCAAGCCAACGUACAUGCUAUCACCAUACCGAACCUGGCUGGCUCUAUCAAACAAUUCGUCCGAUAGUAUGAUUGAGUCCUGGUUCCGUGAUGAUUCUUCCAUCAAUUCGGUCCACGAGGGCAAGCUGGUCCUGUCAACGACCAACACCACAAAUGAUCACCAAGUGUUUCGUUUCACGAGCGCCAUCCACACUUGCAUCAACUUCACCGGGUCCGAGACGAUAGUCCUUGGCGGAGGCGAGGAAGUCUGGCUGUAUGUCAAUACAAUUCUGCUGAUGGAACUACACAGCGAUCCAACAGGAACAACUACCCCUUGCAAGAGAACCGAGCUGGUUGGAGCGUCGGAAUACGGCGAGGGUUUCAUUGUUCCGGAGUUAGGAACUCUUAUCGAUGGUGAAUGCCUAGUGACAGAUAUAUGGUCCGAUGAGAAGAUUGACGUCAAUCUGAAGAUUGGUGACCUGUAUCGCUUGGAUAUUUUCCACACGGAGCGCAACCCAUGCUCGUCAGCCUUCUUCCUUCAAGUUGGAGGAGUCAGGUUCGAUAAUGAUUGCCGACCCAUCGAUUAUACCUUCUACGCUGCCGAAGAUCUGCGCGUUGGUGACGUCAUCGGUUCUUUCGCAGUUUCAGAUGCCUUAUCAACAGGAUAUGUCCACCAAGUGACAAUUUUGAAUGUGGACGAGGCCCAACAGUUUACCGUGGCUAAUUACAGCGAUGAGGAUACCAGUACAGCAAGCCCGUCCUCUACUGAUGCCCCACUAAUCCAGACGGUGCUGGGCCAUCACUUCUUUCCAUGUAACCGCUCAUCCCAACAAGUUCUCGCAGACACAGAAGAAUCGUCCACCAGCAGUGAACUCAGUAACAUCCACACCGACCGUGCCAUCCUCCUCCUAUCCAGGCCAUUGGAUUACGAAGUUACACACUCGUAUCAUCUGAGGUUAAAGAUAGUGGAUGCUUUUGCCAGAACCAAGGAAUGGUUCGUAGUUAUCAAGAUCUACGUUGAAGAUGUUAAUGACAACUGUCCCGAGUUAUCCAAUGUUACGCGAAGCUUCUACCCUCUGCCAGUGCUACAGCAAGGACCCAUCGGGCGUAUCAUGGUAGAGGAUGCCGACAGUGGAGUCAAUAGUCAGAUACAACUUCAUAUCGAGAAAAUACAAGAAAUACCACUGAUCAACGACACCUUCACCGUUGUGCAGUAUCAACUGGUUGCUGUAGAUGGUGGGAUACCUACCCGUGGUGUGGCGGUAGAUGUCAAUAUAACCGUCAGUCAGUCCUGCCUCUACGACGCUAUCGGAGAUCCUACUCCGCUACGUGUCUAUGUCGUCAACACGGGGGACCUCUAUCUAAAAAUACCGCAGUAUUAUCUCGACUCAGCUGAUUGUAAUGGGCCACUAGGCAUGGAGGAUGGCUCGAUUACAGACCGUAUGCUGUCUGCAUCCUCAUCGGUGGAUAAAAUACAUGAACCCAACAGAGCUCGGCUGAAUGGUGUAGCUGACCUGCCCAAUUCUAUCGGUGCUGGCUGGAUUCCCGAUCCCUCUGACACUGCUCCGUGGUACCAGGUCAACUUGACUUCACUUCACAUCAUGUCUGGUCUCCGUACGCAAGGAUGCGGCAACCAGGAGGCGUGGAUUGAAACCUAUAAACUGGCUUACUCCAAUGACUCCUUGGAUUGGCGAUAUGUAACAGACAAGGACGGUGCACCUAGGCUCUUCCUUGGCAACUCUGACCAGACAGCUGUAGUGGAAGUCACUUUUGGUGAAGUCUAUGGUCAGUUCAUACGGAUACUACCACAAUCAUGGCAUAACCGUGUCGGAUUGCGAUUUGACAUCAUUGGCUGCAGAUUAAAGAGACGGAUUCAGUUACUAUCUGAAUGCCAAAGAUGUUUGACUACCUUUUACUGUGAUGGAAGCGGGCAUCAGCUACCGUGUGGCCGGUGCGUGAAGCCUGAGACUCCGUGUAACAUGUCCGUUACUCAGCAUUCCUUCGGACAUGCAGCGGAGUGCUCGUCAUGCCCCGUAGGAUGGCUAUGCAAAGAUGGAUAUGCCACUCCCUGCCCUAAAUAUCAUCACGGCAGAUGUAACACAACUGAGUGUCCAGCUGAGUGCGCACUGUGCGAUCCUGGCACCGUGUGCUUCAGAGGGAUCCAGUCUAUCUGUCCUCCUGGAUUCUACUCAGGAGUCCAUUCAGAAUUCUGCCAAAUUUGUCCGCCGGGAACCUUCCAGAACCAGCCAGCCCAAGAGUCUUGCUUGAACUGUCCGGCCGGCUACGGGAGCGCACGCGGCCAAGCUGGCUGUAGUCCGUGUGGUCGUUCAACCUACUCUCUCGGAGAUGGCAGUAUGUGUCAAGGCUGUACCAGUCAGACAUUCUGUCCGUGUUUCAAUGAGCCAGGCCCAUGCUUUCCUGGAGCUACUUGUGUCAAUACCGGGGAUGGAUCAUUUGAGUGUCUGGAAUGUCCCAGAGGCUAUGAGGGGAAUGGAAUCACGUGUGUUGAUAUAGACGAGUGCGCCACCACCAAUCCGUGCUGGGACCCUGACUCCUGCAGAAAUCUAUUAGGCGGAUAUGAGUGCGGAGGCUGCCCACCAGGCUACCAAGGCUACACUCCACAUGGGAUAGGUAUAACACAUGCAGAAAGAAGCAAAAACCAGACAUGUGUAGACAUCAAUGAAUGUGCAGCUGGCAACGGAGGUUGUCACCCAUUAUCUGAGUGCAUUAAUUCAGUCGGAAGCUUCAGAUGCGGUUUGUGUCCUGCUGGUUACUUUGGUAACGGCGUGAUUGGAUGCAGUCCAGGAGAUUUCUGUGUGACUGGGAAGAAUGGGUGUCACGUUCACGCUGACUGUAUCUCUACAGGGGCUGGAACCUACAAAUGCCGAUGUCGCAGUGGCUGGGCAGGUAACGGACUUCUGUGUGGUUCAGAUGCAGACUGGGAUGGCCGUCCAUCAUUGAGUCUUGCCUGCUCACAAGAAACAUGCAAAGCGGAUAACUGCCCCAAGAUUCUGAACCGUUGCCAAGAAGAUAACGACCGGGAUCAGUUAGGGGACGUGUGUGACGAGGAUGAUGACAACGACAGUGUCCAUGACAUUAAGGACAAUUGUCCAUACAUCAAGAACUACCUGCAGGAGGACAGCGACGGUGACGGUGUGGGUGACAUUUGUGAUAAUUGCCCUGACGAUGUCAACGGAGACCAGGAAGACAAUGACAAUGACGGACUGGGAGAUGAAUGCGACCUGGACGAUGACAACGAUGGCCACAACGAUACGGCAGACAAUUGUCCGUUGACCGCUAAUGAAGACCAGUCAGCAGACAGAGACUCGGAUGGUAUCGGGGAUGCUUGUGAUUCCUGCCCUGAUGAUUCCAGCUCAGACACGGUCGACACCGACCAGAACGGAUACAGUGAUCCUUGCGACCCAGUUGGGGCUACAAACAGUGACAAUGACGGUGAUGGCGUACUGAAUCUGGAUGAUAACUGUUUCAGUGUACCCAAUGCUGAUCAGACAGACACUGACCUAGACGGGAUAGGGGAUGUUUGUGAUGAUGACAAGGAUGGUGAUGGCAUCAAUGAUGCUGAGGAUAACUGCCAACUGGUUCCCAACCCAAGACAGGAGGAUCUGAAUGGAAAUAACUUACCCGACGCUUGCGAGUCCGACCAAGACGGUGAUGGGACCAUAGACAGUGAAGAUAUCUGCCCGAGGAGUAACCGAUACCAGACUUCAGAUUUCUCGGUGAACUUUAUCUCCGUGGAAUUGGACCCAUCAAACAAUGGAGGGAAUACAUCAAAGUGGAGUAUUACAGACAAUGGUCGGGAAAUUCGACAACUUUCAUCGACCGUUACACCGUGUAUGCUGAUUGGACAACACGCCCUGGCUGCACUCGACUACUCCGGUACCUUCUUCGUCAACAACCCGGGCCAAGGGAACGGGUACAUCGGCUUCGUGUUCGGUUACCAAAGCAACAGGAAGUUUUAUCUGGUGAUGUGGCGGCGGGAAAAUAUGAACAAUGCGAAUGCGAUGGCGGGAAUACGAGGUCUUCAGGUUAAGAAAGUGCACUCGUCCAGUGGGCCAGGCCAGACACUGUCCGAUGCAAUAUACCACUCGUAUACAACGGCCAAUGAGGUGGAGUUAAUUUGGCACGAUCCACUAUUACAAGGGUGGGACCUUAGCACAGGAUAUCGAUGGACUCUUCGACACCGUCCCGACAUCGGGCUGAUAAGGGUGUUGAUCGAAGCAGCUGCUGGUAUCCUGGUCGAUUCAGGAGACCUGUACGAUACUACAUACGCCGGUGGAAGGCUUGGAGUCUUCGUGUACAAUCAGCCAGAUGUCAUUUGGUCGGACCUUUCCUACAAAUGUGUCGACAGAAUCAACCAAGCUUUGAGGUUUGACGGCUUGGAUGAUUACGUCAUCCUUCCUUCUAUCCAAGCCUUGGACCUGACUCUCAGCUUCACCUUAGAAGCAUGGAUACAUCUUCCUGUCAAUUACACCAUGACUAAAUUGCCUGUCAUAUGCACCAUGGAUAGUCGCUUGUGCAUGUACAUUCUAAAUGGGUCGUUGAUUGGUCAGUUUGGAGAUCGGACAGCCAAUAGCACGUCAGCACUUGUCGGCUCAGCAUGGCAUCAUGUUGCUAUGAGGCUGAAUGUUCCGACCUGUGAACUGAGUGUGUUUGUCAAUGGGACAUCUGAACAUGCUGAGUCGUCUGUAUCAGCGCAGAGCUGGCAAAAUGACACGGAGGUGUUCAUCGGCAGAGAUGACAUGAACUUUUAUGCAGGAACUCUGGACGAGGUCCGCAUAUGGGGUUUAGCUCUGUCGGAUCAUGAGGUUCAUGAACACAUGCAACUCCCAAAUCUGGACCGACAGGUGCACAAGAAUCUACUGGACGCACAUUACAACAUGGAUAACGAGGAAGUCGGUAGUAAUUUGCUGCUAGAUCAAGGUUCCUUCUCCCAUCACGGCUCGAUCCAGGGACGGGCGAGCUUCGUGCCUAGCUCUCUCGAUCAGGGACGCUAUCGGGUGAGUCACCCGGACAGCAGACGACGUAAACGACGCAGCCUGGAGUAUGAGGAAACCAACAGGCACCAAGAACUCUGACAGAAAUCUGGCCAGUGCUUCCCAUCGACAUUAAUGAAACUUUUUUGUGACAAUCAAAAUUGCAUAAGGGCAGAAUUUUUUUUGAGGCUGUACUGCUGUUUUAGUUUCGAGUGGAACCCUGAAAAAUAUACUUUACUUUUGAAUGACUAUUUUUCCAGCAAGGCUGAGAUUGAAAAAAAAAAGAAAACCACCCCACGUUUAGUUUUGAACAAUAACGUCCAAAAAUUUGAAUAAAUUGCGUUCCUAUAAUCAUCUUAUCGAUAAUCUGAGGAACGGUAGUCUGCUGUGGUUUGUUGUAAAUGUGUGUGGACUUGUUUUGCUCAAAUUGCAGCGAGUUAACGUAGGUAUUCUCUGACAUCUCGAAUAUUAAGUGCUAAUCGCAUUUGCUUGGGAAAGUUUACUUCUUUUUCAACCCAGACAUUUUUGGAUACAGGAAUUUAAUGUUCAAAUUGAGUUUUAAAUGUGUCGCUGAUCUAAUGAUUGUUAAAUGUUCCAAGUUUUGUUUAAGAUGUGUGUGUUUGAGUUUUGUUUUGCGUGAAUAUUGUUGAUUCAUCUCUCACACUUCCCAUAUUGAUUUAUAUAUUUUUAAGACCUGUUUUGCAUACUGCUGAAUAUAUUUUGAUUUAAUUUGUUUUACGUGUGAGUGGACUUGAUUUGUCAAAAUUGCUGUGAGUAAAGUUAAGCAUUCUGCAGUGUCUCGAAGUUAGGGAAAUUA